AUAAUCUCAUCCUCAUCCGCCAUUAAAAACACUCCAACUGCUCCCCUUUCUGUUUUCUCUCUGUUUCCGUUAUUGUUGUCUUGUGUUAUAUAUAUGCAGUUGUUUUUGAUAAGUUUUUGAGAGAAUCGUGAACAAAUCAUGUCGAUUGCGUUGGAUAGUAGUAAUCGGAGGAUUGAUAUUGAAGCGUCUGGAUUAGCGCGUGGUGGCGUUGCGUGCGUGCCUGCCACCGCGGUCUUCGAUUCUAUGCAUGAGCGGAGAGAAGUGGCGGAGACGGAGGCGUGUAGUUCCUCUUCAACUUCGUCGAUCUGGCAGAAUAGGGAUCUGAGCGGGAGGUCAGGAUCGGACGGUGAGGAUGGGGAGGACAAUGAGGUUCAGAGCAAGUAUAAGGGGACACUUGAUUCCAUGGAGGCUCUCGAGGAGGUUUUGCCUAUCAGGAGGGGAAUAUCGAAUUUCUACAGCGGCAAAUCGAAAUCCUUCGCGAGUCUGGCUGAGGCUGCCUCUAACUCUGUCAAAGACAUUGCAAAAGCAGAGAAUGCAUACACGAGGAGACGCAGGAAUUUGCUUUGCUUCAAUCACAUAUGGGACAAGAACAGAAACAGAAAUUGCUCCCACAGAAAUGGCGGAGGUGGGAUAUCUAAGAGACCGAUCAGCACCAGCCGGAGCACACUGGCAAUGGCAAUGGCUUUGAGCAGCUCAGAGAGCAUCAGUAACACAAGCGAUGAUUCGAAUUCAAGAUCACCUCCUCGUCUUCCAGCAUUGCAUCCUCCACUUACCAGGGCAUCUUAUAAUAACUUAGCAUCACCAUUGCCAUCUCCUCGACAAAAGUUCUCUCCUGGGCGGUCUUACUCUUUGGCCGACUUGCAACAGAGUACCACUCCAACGACAAAUACAAAUUCGUAUUGCUCUUCUGCCAGUGAAGAAAGACAAUAAUGAUAGACUAAUCAAUGUACUUGGCCAACUCUUCUCGCUGUUCGUCCAGAGGAGGAUGUAUCUGAGCGGUGUAAAGGUUUUCGUUUCCUGAAUCUAUCACUACCGGCUAAAACAAUAGAGAUAAUUUAACUUGGGCGGCA